GGAAUACCCCCAGUAAGGAGCCCGGUCCCAUCUGAGGAGCAUGGACAAGCUCAGAGCGUGCUCGGCUCGUUAAACGUACAAUGGACGUCUUCAGGCUUUUCGUCCUCUUCCUCGUCGUCAACUCCGCUCAAGCCGGAAGCUGUUGGUACGGUACCGGUAAGAAAGGACGGUGCACGGAAUUGAUCCAGGAUAACAUGGACCACGAUACCUGCUGCGCCUACGUCAACGCAGCCUUCAGCUCACAGCAGCUCGACUCCGGUGCUUUGUUCUUCUGGAAGGUCCUCGGCGGUGGCGUGCCUUGCUCACCGUGCAAAGAGACUUGUGAAGGGGUUGAAUGCGGUGAAGGAAAAAGAUGUGUUCUAAGAAAUGGGACACCCAAAUGUGUCUGUUCUCCUGACUGCAGAGGUCUUUCAAAAAUUUUAAAAGGGCCUGUUUGUGGGACAGAUGGUCGAAAAUACAAAUCUGCUUGCAGGUUGAGGAAGAGGGCUUGCAGAACGAAAAAAUCCAACCUUUCUGUCGCUUAUGCCGGCCCUUGUCAGAGGUCGUGCGACAAAAUAAACUGUCCCAAUGGAAAGUACUGCCUACUCGAUCAGAAUUUAACGCCACAUUGUGUCAAAUGUUCACGACACUGCGCAGACAAUGAAGGAGGAGAUAAGCAAGUUUGUGGAACAGACGGUGUCACUUAUCGUUCUCCAUGUUACCUAAAGGAAGCAGCUUGCAAAAAAGGAAAAGCCAUUCCUAUAGCAUACAGGGGCCAAUGUUUUAAAGGUGCUUCAUGUCGGAAUAUACAAUGCAAAGAGAGACAAGUGUGCCUUACUGAUCCUAUGAACGGUGAGCCCAGGUGUGUUACAUGCAGCUAUAAAUGUCCAAAUGUUAAAUCGCAGAGAGAAACAGGGGGUACCAUUUGUGGUACGAAUAAUAGAACCUACAUAUCUUGGUGUCAUAUGCUGAAAGAUUCCUGCUCAACUGGAUUUCUAAUAGAAACAAAAUUUCCUGGAAGCUGCCAAAUUGGAGAAAAAAGUGGCUGGAAUUAUCAGCACCACAACAAGGUAAAGAAUAAAAAAAAGACCGGGUUUUCCUCCAAAGAAGCGCACAGUUCAAAAGAAUCAAAAACCGUCGAGCUGAGUUCUUCAAAUCAAAUGGACGAUUUAAAGCAGAAUGCAAAUUCGAUGAAAACCGACAAUUUGCAGAUAUGAGAUACAAAGUUUGUUGAAGAAGUAUUACCAAAAACAAAACAAAAUGUGCAAAUCAUUGUGUCUAAACAUGUACAACUAGUCUGGACAUUUUUUAAACAUACUUGUGCACGAUUUACUUUUAUUGAUUUAUGUUUUAUUUUUUUAUGGGAUUCAGUUGGGGGGGGGGGUUAUUCCCAUAAUGUACAAUUUUUCCUUUCUGGUGGCAAUAUUCAGUUUAUUAGUUCCUUUUAUUUGUACACAAAUAGUCUUAUUGAAAAAUAAUCACAGUGUGGUUGUUUGUGUAAAAAAAUCAUCUCUUUUUUAUUAUUAUUAACUCAAACAUACCUUGCCUGAAGGUGUUGAAACUUGAUAUUAAAGUUUGUUGUUCUGAUCUGGUCACAUUGAAAUCAGAUCUUUAAUUAAAUUUUAUUACAAGCUUUUCAGCUUGAAGUGUAAUUUAUUUAUUUAUUUAUUUACUAUUAUACAUUGUUAAUUAUACAAAAAAAUAAUUCUUUUCUCUCGUACUUACUAGUGUAAAUAAAAAAAUUUGAAUGUCCAGAUCAAAUUGUAAAAAAAUAUUUUAAGAGUUAUUAGUCUAAUUUGUUUUAUUGUUUUUUGUUUAAUCUUGUAUUGUUCUUAAAUUUGUUUUUAAGAAAAACAUAAUUUUAAAUGUUUGGUAUUAAGAGUAGUACUUUUAGAUUGUUAUUACACUUGAAUCAACUUAUAAAAAGAAAAUGCACCACCUAGAAGAAGAGAAAACUGUAUAAACUAUCAUGAGUUGGUAAAAUGGCAGGGGUUUUUAAGCUUUAUUUCGUUUAGCAUAUUUAACAUGGUAUCCAGGGUAUGUUUAAAUAAAAUUUAAAAAAAAAAUACUAGUACAAACAUGUACAUGCUUGACAAUUUUUAUUCAUUCUACUCAAUAAUGUAAAUUUGAAAUCUAAGGUUGAGCUUUUUUCUCGUUUAAUUCUAUUACUAAUUUAAUUUUAUUGUCACAAAAUUUUACUGAGUUUUACCAUGGUUUUUUCUCAUUGCAAAUGUUUUUUCCACAUUAGUAGUGAGAAUUGAAUAAAUGAUUUUUUUUGUUUAUAAAAAAAAUCAAUACAUUAAAGAUCAAUCGCUGUUUUUGUUUUUUAAAUGUUGUAAAGUUUUCAAACUGAUAACACAAUCUAGUAAAAAGUUGGAAAAAUUUAUACCGUGGUGGCUGUAUAGUUCCUCCAUU